AGAGAGAGAAGCGGAGUUGGAUCUUGGCUCUCAGCUCUCAGGUCCCUCUCUCUCUGACACACAGUCGUCGGUGAAGGAGCCAAAAAGAAAGUUGGCUCAGUUGGCGUCUGUGCAGCGUCGACUUUGGUUCGUUCAUCGCUCUCCUCUUCCGCUUUUGUCGUCGAUUUCCUUGGAGCCACGUCUUGUUUCCGUCGCUUGCAACGCAAAGACUUGCAUAACCGAGCGUGGCCAAUCAAAUUCAACAGCUGUGUCUGUCCUGUCUGUUUUGGCUGCCAACGCCAUUGUCAAGAGUGGUGGUAACGGCUGUUGCUGCCACAACCAAGUUCUUCUUUCACAUUUUUGUUCGCUUUCGUUUUCUCAUUGCCCUACGCGCCGCUUUUGCGUGUUUUGCUUUGUUUCCACUCCCCCCUUGUUAUUUUGACGCCGCUUUAGUGCGUUCGGGACGCGCGGAUGGCGUGACCUCGCCUUUCCUUCCAUUUGAAUUUGAAUUUGAAUUCUUUUUGGGUUGGGUGUGUUUUUUGGUCGGGGUGGUGAGAGGCAAGGAGGGGGAGAAGGGCCAGUUAUAGAUUGUUGUUACACGCACAGUCAGCAAAACCGUUUACUGUUCGUCGACCGUCUUAUCGCCAUGCAGACACAAUUCGAUUGGUGAAUCCGAAACAACCACCGUGUAUCGCAGGGCCGUCUAUCGAAUGACGUGAUUGCUACGUGGUGAUGGAGUCGUCGACGAAUUAUUCCAGUCAAAUGCAACCAGUUUCGGUUCUGUCACCAUCUCUCGAACGUGUCACGCAUCAAACAAACAAGAUAAUGAUCUCGUGCAACAGCAGCAGCGGGGCGCUGCUCGACGGUUGUUCGCCAAUAGCCGCGUCCAACAACAACCAUCAACCAGAUCAACAACAACAACAACUAUACGACCAUCUGUUACGGACGAUUGCCAUCUCUAUCCAGGCGGCUUGUAUGCUCGUCGCUCUUCUCUUGGCUUUUCUCGUUUUCCGUUACCGCAAAUACAAGGCUAUUGCUGGAUCAGCUUGGAUUCUGCUGGAAUUAAUGCUCAUCGGUGCGCUGCUUCUCUAUUCCAUCGUAGUGGUACGCUACUUUGAAUCGUCAGCCGAUCUUUGUCUGCUGGAGCCUUGGCUACGUGAACUCGGAUUCACCUGUUGCUAUGGCACAAUCGUCUUGAAGAUAUAUCGACUCUUGGUGGAAUUCCGGACGCGUAAAGCCCAUCGUUGGGUUGUGCGCGAAAAGGACCUGCUCAAAUACUGGGCGGUGAUGAUCACCUGCGUCAGCGUCUAUUUGGCUUCCGGUACCAUCUCCACAUUGGAACACAGCGAUCACAACGAGCACUCGAUUUGGAAAGUAUGGGAUCAUAGCGCUGCUGCUGCUGCUAGUGCAGAUCAAUCGGCGAUGAUGGAUGCGGUUGCUUUUCCAUCGGCGUCAUCGUCGAACCACUCGCGUUCCACUCAUCUGCUUUUCCCCAAGAGUAUCAAAGGCACCGGAGAGACGAACAGCGGCCGAGUCGGCGUGAGAGUCCGUGUCGACGGCUCCCGCAACAGCAACGCAUCGUUUCUCCUACAAAAGGCUCGUGUGCUGAGACGCGGCACGGUGCUGGGCGGAUUCAUCGAUCCAUCACACUCGAAUGUAGCUGCGACUGGUCACGACGACGUUGACGCUCUUCGUCGUUCGAUCCUCACCGAUACGACGACCGAGACUUUUGCUCAGACUGAUUUCGAUGCAGAUAACGAUACCCGUAUCACUGCUAGCGUAUCUGCUGAAGCCAAUCAGUGGAACAACGCGACGAACAAGACUGACGUCAUUCCCAAUUGCGAUGUCAACGCUACGCCAGACGGUGGCCAUACCGGCGGUAACAGUUUGCUCUACACUCGAUUUCAAGUCGAUUCCGGUUCUUACUUUACCGUUUGUCGCCAAUUGUGGUGGCAUUACGUCAACAUGGCAGGUGAAUUCCUUUUUUUGCUGUGCGGCUUGUACAUAAGUUCGAACGCGCGCAACGCCGCCAGCCAUCACGGCGAAAAACUCUGUCUUUUCCUGGCAAUUUUGGUGGAAUUUUGCGCCUCUGUCGCCUACACAGUUCUCAGUCGCAUCGCCUGGAUCACUGAUUAUCCAGAUCAUCUCUUCUUAUUGGAAUUUGCCCGCAGUCAGUUAGCCACGACCCUUGUUCUCAUCAUCAUUUUCGGACCGAAAAUCUUCUUCAUCUGCCGCCAAUCGUCCAACAAGGAUCUUCAAAGGAUGCAACAUCAAACUAGUCAAAUAGAAUGUGGAAUUGGUGUGCCCGGCGACUUGCUCGAACGCGGUCAGUCUGCUCCUUGCGGGGAUUCAAACAUGUUUAAAAAUAAUCCAGCCGACGGUGAUGGAGCCGGAACUGAUGCGCCGGCCAUGAUCUCGGCCAAUGGGGAAGUCGAUCUCGGCAAUGUUGACCUGUCACAAAUGGACCCUGAAGUCAUUCGAGAAGAGCUCAAAAGGGUCUACACUCAAUUGCACGUUCUUAAAAUGAAGACGCUGCGCAAAGACAAUCCGCACAUCAGCAAAAGACGGGGUGGCCGCAAACCUCCUCAUCGGCGGUUUUCUUUGCAGAGAAGUCGAGUUCAACGAGAAAAGAGCAAAAGUAGUAGGACCGUAAGGAAACCGGAAAAUGUGGAGGAAACCGGCGUCGAAGAAUCCGUUUGUAGCCUCGACGGGCCCAGUGGCGUUCAUCCUCUGCAGCUGACACAACAGCAGCCCCAUCACGCAACUGAAACUACCGACCUCUUGCCAACCGAAAUCCCUCCCGUUUCAACAUUAACCGCCAGCAGCAAGACUUUGAAAUGAAAUGCAAUCAUUAUAAUAUGCUCGACGUUUUACUAUAGACAAGACGCAACCAAUUGAUUGAAGUUUCACUGGUCCAUUUACUUGGGGAAAAAAAAAAAAAAUAAUACUAGCCAGCAUCUUGAUUUAUAUAUACUUGACUGGGUUGGCCCAUUUUUUUGUUUGUUGUUUCUCAUUCGUUCGACACAAUUUCCGAUGUACAUAUAAGCGACGCGAAUAAGAAUGGAAUACCUACACGUACUAUAGUCAAACAUUUGGUAUUGGUACGAUUGUUGACGCUUCUCGCUUGCCCACAUAAUCUCAUUACUAAUCUUUUGUCUUAUUCUUCUGGUCUUGAUGGUUCUACCUCGUUUUCCCCCCUCCCCCAAUUUUCUGAUUUCAUGUCAAACUUGUUUCGGUGGAUGACAUACUGUAACUGCUGCAUAAUACUCAACGUAUAUACAAUUGGGUGACGUACGAUACACAGCAUACAGCAUGA